CACAGAAGGUUGAUAAUAAAUAACUUGAUGCGGACAUAUCAGUUCCCGUUCUUAGCUCUACAAUCAGAUCAGCUGUUCUAUCUGUCCAUGACACAGGAAAUGUGCAAAGUGGAUAAAACGGGGGAUGUAUUACCUAACAAAUUAAGAGCAAACACAAUCCUGAUGAAUGAAAAAGCUUUUAUAGAUGCAUUUACUUGUCCUCUUGGCUCACCAAUGAAUCCUCUUUAUAAAUGUCAUCUUUUCCAAAAAACCAAUUACACAAUUCCACCAACCACUCCAGCCCCUCAGACAACUACUACAACAACAUUAAAAACCACCACAACAACAACCACUCAAAAACCAACGACAACAACUACACAAAAGCCAACAACACAAACAACAACAACACAGAGACCAACAACGACAACUCAAAGACCACCACCAACAACAACUCUAAGAUUAACAACUACGACCCAAAGACCAACAACGACAACUCAAAGACCGACAACGACAACCCAGAGAUCAACAACGACAACUCAAAGACCGACCACAACUACUCAAAGACCAACGACAACAACAACCACACAAAAACCAACAACGACAACCGAAAAAUCUACAACAACAACCAAAAGACCAACAACAACAACAGAGAGACCAACAACCCAGAGACCAACAACGACCGAAAUAACGACAACCGAAAAACCUACAACAAUAACAACCAAAAGACCAAUAACAACAGAAAAACCUACAACAACACCAACAACCAAAGGACCAACAAUGACUCCAACUACAACAAUUACAACUAGAACAUCCUCAACUACACCGACAACUACUAUAACAACAUCAGCUCCUAUCACAGUAACUACAACUUUAUCAACAACUACAUCUACUCAGAUAAAUCCCACAACGACAUCUUCUCCGAAAACAACAAAAAUUCCAACAACAACCGUAAAUGUUCCCUCUACCUCUCCCGCUGUAACUGAACCACAAACGUGUCAGACCGGAUUCUGUUACUCUUUAGGUUUCCUGCUUUAUUCCCGAAUGGACGAGUUUGUAAAUCCCUGUGACGAUUUCUAUCAGUAUGCUUGUGGAGGAUGGGUGUAUGGAAGAGAAGCAUUGGUUGCUCUUAAUCUGUACAACGAGUCCAGGAAUUCUGUGAUAGAGGAUGUACGUUUUAAUUUCAGAGAGGAGUUAAAAGCAAUGGUAGAAUCCAAUGUUACCUCUGAUGACAGCGAAUAUUUACAGGUGCUAAAACUUCAUUACCAAAGUUGUCUAAUGUCCAACGAUCCACAACAGGUACAGAGAGUGACAAGCGAUAUGCAGAUAAUAUUGGAAAUCUUAGGCGUGGGGAGUGACCUACAAUCCUUUAUGGGAAUAAGCACCAUGCACCUCAUUGUCGGCACAGAUAUGGGCGGAUCAGGGAUUUUUGAUUACAGAUUAGUCAAAGCGGUAGUGGACAACACAACAACAAAAAUAUUGCAGCUUUCUCCAUCUAGUCUGUAUCUGAAAGAUGAUGCCUACUUAUCACCCUAUGAAAACAACUCGAUAGCCAAAAAGUAUCUGGAGAGAAUAGUUCCUGUCUUACAAAAGGUCAAUAUCAAUUUACGACCACAAACUGCAGGAGAAAACAUAACGGAUAUUCUGAUCGAAAAAAUGAAGGAGGUUUUCGCUUUUGAGCAAGAAUUGGCUAAGGCUAUCCUGUUUACUGGAUUCGAAGCUAACAUCGACAUCACAGUCCAGGAACUAGAACAGAGGUAUCCCAACAUUGAAUGGGUAUACAUGCUGCCUUAUCAACAAACAUUUUCAGACACGCCCAUAAGAAUUGUUAACCCCUCCUUCUUCCAGACUCUUGACCAAUUGUUUAACCAGACUAAUGAUGACGUCAUUGUCAUGUAUAUUUAUACGAGGGCCGUGUUGACAGGUCUCCUGCCCUACACCCCAUUAGCUAUACGGAAAAGCAUGGAUGGUAUUUAUGGGAAUGACUCCAGUGUUCCAUUCUCGGCUGGUCAUUGUUUAGAUUCCACGCUUUCCUUACUUAACGAAGAAUUUCAUGAAGAAUAUAGGAAUAAACACAGAGAGGAUAUAACGGUUAAAACGUCAUAUUUUACGAAGUUUUCGAACCAAUUAAAACAAAUAUUGAGGAAUUAUCUUAGUGGGCCAAAUGAAUUUAGUAAUUCCACAGCUGAGAGAAUCUUGUCAUCCCUGGGAUUGUUAGACGUCCAAUUCCCAUCAACACCGUCAAUUCCUUGGACAGUCACUUUGUCCAACACACUGGAAGUAUCGUUCUUAAAUCGUGCAAACACCGCUCUCCAGUUGAAAACGUUCAGGGAACUCGACAACCUAGGAGUUCCUCUCACGAAGGCCGACUUUGCAUGGGAUGGAACUUUUAUAGGUUUUGACUCCAGUUUGAAUGCGAUCGGAAUACCUUACCCGAUUCUGAACUUUCAUUAUUCGGUUGAUCCGCAGUUCCCUGCAAUUACCACAUCUGGUUGGCAUAUAGCGAAGGAAUUAACACGUGUUGUUUUAGGUGACUUUUCGUUCUCGCCUUUGGAUUGGAGUUUUGAGUCCCUGGUUAAAUUUUCGGAAGAAAGAGAAUGUUACAACUCACAGGCCUCAGAUGACAAUGGGGUAUUGAACGAUAUAAAAACUGGUGACGUCAUGACUGGGGGAGUGGCUUUAGAUCUUGUAACUAAGGUGUACUCUGACCACGUGACCAGUGGUGACAUAAAGGAAGUGGUUCUUCCGGAUCCUUCAAAUUUUAUCACUCCACAGCAGCUCUUCUAUUUGACAUUUGCUCAACAAACGUGUGAGGUCGAUAAAAAGUCAGGGAUAGUUUCAAGUCAAUACAGAGUGAACAAAAUUCUGAGAAAUUCUGAGGAGUUUCAGCAAGCAUUCUCGUGUCCAACAGGUUCUCCAAUGAACGCAGACCGAAAAUGUCAGCUUCUAUCUGGCCUAGGGAAGAAUUUGUCUUAA